UGACCGCACCUUUUACCUUUUAUUCUUUAGGCGAUCGCGGCAAUGAAAGAGGUGCCCACUGCUGAAGAUGAUUCAAACCUACUUGUUAUAAUAUUGGACACGAAUCCAUUUGUGUGGGCUGAAUCAGCUAAGGCACAAACACCGCUUUCAUUGGACGAUGCGCUGCGGCAAGUUUUGAUCUUUAUCAACGCUCACUUGGCGCUCAAAUACAAUAAUAAAGUAGUUGCGAUUGCAAGUCAUGUGGGCCAUAGUAAAUUUCUUUAUCCCAUAUCAGACGACGAAGCCUCAAAACAUCGCGUCAGCGGUCAACGUGACGCCAACAUGUAUCCGAAUUUCCAGUUUGUCACUGAUCAGAUCGUCGCUAGCUUACAAGAGCUCUUGUCGGAUACCGAUGCAUCUUUCUUGGAUAAGGCUAGUGGCACUUCAUCCUUGAUUACUGGUGCAUUUUCUAUGGCACUUUGUUACAUCCACCGAGUGACGAAAAACGAUGAGCUUGGACAUAUCAAGCCUCGAAUCCUGAUCCUGUCAUUAUCGCCAGAUUCUGCAGCUCAGUAUAUUCCUUUGAUGAAUUGUAUUUUCUCGGCACAAAAGGCUGCGAUCCCGGUGGAUGUAUGUAAGGUGUAUGGUGAAGAAACAGCAUUUUUACAGCAAGCAGCAAACAUUACUGGUGGUAUCUAUGUCAAGGUUGAGGAUGCACAGUCCUUACUACAGUACUUGAUGUUUGCAUUUCUCCCCGAACGAUACGCCCGUAAAUUUCUCAAUCUUCCAAACGAAGACCAAGUGGAUUUCCGUGCAGCUUGUUUUUGUCAUAAAAGGAUUGUGGAUAUUGGCUAUGUGUGUUCCGUAUGCUUAUCCAUUUUCUGCUCUUGGUCACCUGUCUGUUCGACUUGCAAGACUAAAUUCGCUUUUCGACCCAUGGUGCCGCCAAGUGGUCGUGGACGUCCGCUCCCUCCUCCUUCCAACAGAGGUUCACCGUCCUUAUCCAACAGCAACAACCCUUCACCAUCGCACGCAUAAUUUGUUUUCUCUCUCUCACACAUCCUUUUGCAUCAUACCAUUAUUACAAAACUUCUGUUUCCUAUAAAAAAAGUCAUUAUUGGCUAUUGUCAUAGCAAACACUCGUUUGGCGGCGACAGAAAUUUAGAGCGUUU